AUGCUAACUCAAGCUGAUGCUUGCAGCAGGUGUGUCACCACCUGUGAUGAAAGAGGACCUCAGACAGAUAUAAAAGGUCUGCAGAGGCUCUUGGAUCACUGCGACGGACCCAUCCUCUGCAAACCCUCCUUGGAGACAAGGUUUCUCAAGAGCUCAACCAUGUCUGUGAGCACCAAGCCCAUGAACACCCCUCUCGAGACUCAGCAGUUCCCUGGAAACUGCACGCUGGAGAAGGCCCUGAAAACCAUUGUGGAUGUCUACCACCGCUACAGCAUCCGGGAGGGCCAGCUCGACCUCCUCAACUUCAAUGACUUCAAGACGCUGCUGACUGAGCAGGCACCGACCUUCCUGCAAGCUUGUAACAGGAAUCAGGCCGACUACCUGAAGAAGCUCUUCCAAGAGACUGAUUUAAACAAGGACAAGGACCUGAGCUUCGAGGAGUUCACCAUCGUCUUGGCCAAGGUGACCGAUGAUGCUCAUCGCAUCAUCCACAAGGAUGACCGCUGCACACCAGACAAGGAUUGA